GACACCGUCGCCGCAUCGGUUUCUUCCUGGCCGCAGGCACAAAUCGCCCGCCAAGGAAGACAAGAAGACCUCAAGUCUAGGAAGCUCACGAGGCGAUGGGUUCGAUAUACCGUCACACAAGCCAGCACCAAGAGCCAGCCAAUUUAAUGCAAAGCAUGUACCGAAGAACAGAGGAGAUGGUUUCGAUGGCCCUACACUCAUACACAAGCCAGGCUCAAGUCAGUUCGCGCCGACUCCUCGCUUCAGCUCUGGACGGCCAGUAUCAUCGUUCCAUGCUGCCAGUAAUGAGCCGUCAGUUCAGCAAGACUUUGCCCAGGCGCUGAGGACUCCUGCAAAAGCUGCAGACGAGGUUGUGGAUCCAGCUUCGCAAGGUCAUGCUGGUGACGAUGGCAUGCUAGACCGUGAGGAGGAAGCCGCAGUGCCAACCACGGAAGGAGGCCACGAGCAGCGACAAUGGACGCAGGAUCUGCCUCACUCCCCGAAGCGUCGCAGAAUAGACGACUUGUCCGCCAGUUUCCAGGCUGCCUUAGAUACCCCGGCCAGAUCUACGAUGUUCAAGCAUCCGACCACGCCGGCGUCGGCUCUGCGUGCCGGGCCUCAACAGUUCUCUCGCGCAUCAAGCAUUGCUAGCUCGAGUGCUGACGACAGCACUACUGCUCGAAGACCUGCUUUUCUGCGAUCCUCUCUCGCUCCGCCCGAGAACUUCGAGCCAGUUCCUGAAGCUUUCUCCCCGCAUCGACGCGGCGAGAAGUUCGUGCCGGGUGGCAUGGCGGCCACGUUGCAGCAGUGGGUCAUUGAAGCUGGUCAAGCUGCAGCACACAGUAGGCGAGGUCAAGGAUACCUUCAAGGCGAGAAUUAUGUGCAUCGUGUCAAGGUCGCGUCGGUUGCUGGGCAUGGGCCGAUUUUGGUUGAAGGAGUACAUCAAGAUGAGAGUGAAGCUCGAAUAUUACUGAUCAUGGAUGGGAAACGGAAUUCGCGAAAUGUGUCUCCGGACAGCAUCGUCGGUAUCCGAGCGCCUUGUUGGGAGGUGGAGCUGGAUGAACGCAGCUGGAUUGUAGGUGUGGAUUGGAAGACGUUGGCGUGA